AUGUACUACUCCUUCCAAAUCUUCCUCGCACUAGCCAGUCUCCUCGCCGUCGUCGCCGCCCACUACGACUAUGACCCGCCAAGCACUUAUAGCAUCAACGACUCUUACUUCACUUCCGCUGCAGCAUCUGUAUCGACGCGCUCAACACCUGUCACCGCAAUUAGAAGGGAGACAAUAGCUGGGAGUACUGCCGUGACGAGCAGUGUACAAACUAUAAUUGUCGUAACUGCAAGGGCAUCACUUGUCCUUGACGUAACGAACCUCGUAGAGAAGAUCUUGGGGAUCUAG